AUGGCCAACACCAAAUAUGACGAGAAGGACGCUGUUGUCUCCGCAGACACCAGCAAGGAGACAAUGGACCACAACGAAUCUUUCCCCGAGAAAGGCGUGGCUGUCAAUCGCGACUAUGCCGGUGCCGCUGAAAAGACAGAUCCAGAGGAAAUCCGUCUGGUCCGCAAGCUGGAUUUUAGAAUCAUGCCAAUGCUGGUCUUUAUGUACUUCCUCAACUAUAUCGACCGCAACACGCUUGCCCAGGCACGCCUAGACGAUCUCGAGAAGGAACUGGGCAUGGAGGGCGAAUACCAAUUCAACACCACCAUUUCCAUCCUCUUCGUCGGCUACGUUCUCAUGCAGAUCCCCAGCAAUAUGCUGAUUACCCGUGUCAGACCGAGUAUCUAUAUGAGCUCGUGGAUGGUUGUUUGGUCAAUUGUGUCAGCUUGUACGGCCUUGGUCAAAUCCUACUCUGGUAUGGUGGUGUGCCGUUUCUUGCUUGGGGUAACUGAGGCACCAUUUUACCCGGGAGCGACAUAUCUUCUGGCCAUAUUUUAUACUCGCAAAGAGGUUGCCGCUCGAAUCGCCGUUUUAUAUUGCGCACAGAUUCUUGCAACAGGAUUUGCCGGUUUAAUUGCUGCAGGUGUAUUCAAGGGUCUGGAUGACGCAAGAGGCAUCUCGGGCUGGAGAUGGCUAUUCAUUAUCGAAGGAUGCGCGACCACUGUAGUAGCACUAGGAGGCUUCUUCUUUUUACCAGAUACCCCCAGCACGACCCGAUGGCUCACCGCACGCGAACGUGAACUCGCGCACGAUCGAGUCGAAAAGGACACAAUGGGCGAGGGCAACUCACAGAAGAUCCCUGUCAUGGAAGGCCUGCGACAAGCGGCCAGGGACAAGCGCACAUGGAUCUUCUGCCUCAUGCAGAAUUUCCACCUGGCAGCCUGCUGCUUCAACAGCUUUUUCCCAACUGUCAUCAAAACCCUCGGCUACCCCAAAACCGAAACCCUCCUCCUCACCUGCCCGCCCUUCAUCUUCGCCGCCGCCGGCGCCAUCUUCAUGGGCUGGAGCUCCGGCCGCCACCACGAGCGCACCUGGCACAUCACCGGCGGCCUCGGCGUGGCCAUGGUCGGCUUCAUCAUCGCCUCGUCCACGCUCAACACCGCCGGCCGCUACAUCGCCUGCUUCAUCUUCCCCGUCGGCGCCUACUCGGUCAACUCGGUGAUAAUCGGCUGGGUGUCGUCGACGCUGUCGCAGACACGCGAGAAGCGGGCGGUGGUGCUUGCGAUGCACAACGUUGCGGGCCAGAUUGGGUACAUCUACGGCGCAUAUGUGUGGCCGAAUUACGAUAAGCCGAGGUUUGCGAUUGGGGCGAUUGUGUGUGCGUGGUGGAUGCGGACGUUGUUGAAGAGGGAGAAUCGGAGGUUGAAGGAGGCGGCUGGGGGGGAGAUUGUGAAUUAUUAUGGGUAUUGA